AUGGACAUUGUUUGGGAAGAUACAGUCCAAGGAAUAUACAGGUCUCUCUACAUUAAUCUUGUGGGACUCUGGGUAAUCCUUGUCUGCGCAGUGCUUUCUGGGCUCGCUCUGUAUUCCAGGUACCAUGAUUGUGAUCCUUGGACAGCCAACAAAGUUUCUGCACCAGAUCAGCUCUUGCCAUACUUGGUACUGGACAUUCUGCAAGAUUACCCAGGAGUUCCUGGACUUUUUGUGGCCUGCGCGUACAGUGGAACAUUAAGCACAGUAUCUUCCAGUAUUAAUGCCUUAGCAGCAGUAACUGUGGAAGAUCUGGUCAAGCCUUACUUCAAAUCACUUUCGGAAAGGUCCCUCUCUUGGACUUCCCAAGGACUGAGUGUGCUGUUUGGGGUCCUGUGUAUUGGAAUGGCUGCACUGGCAUCACUGAUGGGAGGUUUGUUACAGGCAGCACUCAGCAUAUUUGGCAUGGUCGGUGGGCCACUUCUGGGCUUGUUUUCCUUGGGCAUUUUGGUUCCUUUUGCCAACUCAACUGGAGCACUUAGUGGUCUGCUGGCUGGGUUUGCCAUUUCUUUCUGGGUUGGAAUUGGAGCUCAGCUUUACCCUCCACUUCCUGAGAGAAGUAUGCCCCUAAGCCUUGAAACCUAUGGCUGUAACGGCACACACAAUGAGACAUAUUGGACGUCAACCACAGAAAUGCCAUUUUCUACCAGUCCUUUUCAAGUACACAGUGCUGAAAGAACUCCACUGAUGGAUAACUGGUAUUCUAUUUCAUAUCUAUACUUCAGCACUAUUGGAACCUUGGUAACAGUAUUCGUGGGAAUGCUUAUCAGUCUACCAACAGGUGGGAGAAAACAAAACUUAGACCGCAGAUUUCUAUUAACCAAAGAGGACAUUUUAUCCAGCUUUGACUUUUUUAAGAAAAAGAAGCAUGGUUUAAGCUAUAAAUCUCAUCCGAUAGAAGAUGGUGGAACUGAUAAUCCUGCUUUCAACCACAUUGAAUUGAACUUCGCAGAUCAAAGUGGCAAGAUCAAUGGGACUCGUUUUUGAAGCAGCCAUGAUGCUAGAUGAUCUUACACAGUGUCCCGGUUUUAUAUGUUUUCUAAGAUAAUUGGAUCAGGUUUAAAUUUUUUUUAUUUUUUUUUGCCUAUCAUGAGUGUUUUUGGGGGGAAUUUGGGGGGAUACAUUUUUGUUAAAGCCCUGUCUUUCAAAUUCCUGGCUUUCUUCACUUAACUACACUCAUUAAUCAAUGCUACUCUGGAAUUAAGCAUUUCAACAUCAGCAUUCCCCAUAAAGCUGUAGUUGUGAAAGCUAUGAAAGUUAUGACUACCUAUGUGCUGAAAAGCUAAUAUACACAUACUUGAUGGUCAAAA